AUGCUGGGUGGUCCUGGAUCUGGGAAGGGAACGCAAUGCCAGAUGCUUUCGCAGAAAUUCGACCUCGCCCACAUCAGCAUCGGAGAUGUGCUGCGCCAGGAAGUAAAUCGCCCGGGCAGUCAGUAUGCCGACAUGAUCCGGGAAAACAUGAUUGCUGGCAGGCUUGGCCCAACGAAAAUAAUCGUGUCCAUCCUGAGAGAUCACAUGUUAAGAAGCCUAGCACAAGGGACGCAUGGCUUCAUUCUUGAUGGCUUCCCACGCGACAAGGAGCGGUACGACUACUUUGUGGAAUCGAUCGGUCCCAUCACCCUCCUCAUCGUUCUCGACUGCCCAGAAUCCACAAUGAUAGACCGCCUCACGCUGUCUGACCGCAAUCGUUUUGACGAUAACACGGACAGCAUCAGAAAGCGCAUCGAAACCUUCCAGAAAACGACAUGCGAGGUGAUCGAUGACUUCCGAGGCCGAAACAAACUCCACACCGUCAACUCGGACCAAGAACCCGGCGCCGUUGCGCUCCAGGUAGACGCCAUUUUAGACGGUGUGGUCAAGAAGCGGACAGAACCGGUUCCGGCCUAGGCGGCGUCACAGCCUCCUAGACCAUUGCUGGACAGAGGAAACUGGGAAUGCAAUAUCUAGCAGCCAUUAUGGACAAAUAAGGAUGUAGAAGUCGCUCAGACGGGGAGGAGCUGAC